AUGCAAACCACUCUCAAGACUAAAAUCUUUGAACACAACAAUGCCUUCUAUACCACAGACUUCAGUGAAAGUAGCGACUAUUACGAUGAGGCUUCCUCACGAAGCCUAGCAUCCCAAGAUCCUACUACCACCAGCACUGUGCCCCCCACCACUUCCCCUUUUCGGAUCGGGGACUUUAUUACCUCCCCCAUUUCACCUGGUCGAAACAUUGACCGGAUGAUGAUGCAACAAACCAAGAUUACCAAGUAUGACAAUCGGCGCACCUUGCUGCAAAGGUUCAAAUCCAUCUCAAGAAAAAGAAAGGUGAACAUGAGCAAAGAUGAAGAACCUUUGCUUGUUGCUUUGCCCCUUGAAGACAACCACAGUGUCGUUCCGGACGAGAAAGGAGGACAGGCUACUCCUGGUGGUAGUAGCCAGCAAGAACAACAAGAAGAUGAAGAAAAGCCUUUGUCUGUUCUUGCCUUGCCCCUUGAGGAGGAGGACAAUAACCACAGAAUCGUGCCCCUGGAGAAACCACCAGCACCAGCAGCAUCACCAGCCACUCCUUGGGAAAAGUACUCCAAGAAAAACUACUUUCGUGGAGUCUUCUCAAGCUAA